AUGUCUACCGACACUCUUGAACAAGCACAGACACGGGUGGCUACAGCCAAGCUCACGCCUCCCACGCAGGAGGGAGGGGGUGCAGUCCACAAGGGCGAGCCCACCUCAACGCCCCCGUCUCACCCUUCGGCGACCAUCUCUUUAGCCUUUUGGGUCCUUGGAUCCUUGCUACCUGCCUUUCGACAGAAGACAAAGUGGCUCUGCUUCUUCCGCCAUUGGUGCCAACUCACGCCGGCUAUUAUGGAAACUUUGCUGUCCACCACCUCUUUGGUUCUUCACUUUUUUCCCGGAGCCUUGCGGAUAGAAAGGGACACCGGCGACCGCCAACGCAACUCGCUACAAAGUACGGAGUACCUACCUUGCCUCUGGCUCGGGUGGAUAGCUACAGAGAAGCACCCCCAUGCCGUGAAACGAUGCGGCUUCCACAGCGACUUCCAGGCUCUCUUCUCGAUACGGCGCAUCUUGUCUAAUAAGAAAAGAUACUUGCAGCGACGUCGUCAUUGGAGCGCCCCGCAAGCCCCCACGCUCAGGCUCUUUCUUGCACCAACGAUAGUCGGUCACAUAUCCGUGAUCUAUCGUCCUUGUUUGGUUCAUCCUGGCACCGCUGCCUGUUUGAGUGUCUCGUAUCAUGUAAAUUUUUACCUCUUUGGUGCACCCCACGAGUGCUCACCUUGCAACUUGCCCGGUCCGAAGCGACGGCAAAAGUGGUUCUUGGCCACCAAUCUACCACAGCGCAAGGUCCCGACCCAAGCCUGCGCAGACGUCUGUUCCUAG